AUGUAUGUUUUUUGCCGGGAGCAUGGUCUGACAGAGGCUUGGGCCUAUCUUUGGAAUUCUUGGUACAGCAAAUGGGAUCUCUGGGCACAAUCCUCCUGUGAAUCUCGUCUCUCUCAUGUCCGCACAACCAUGAUCACUGAAAAUCACUGGAAGAGUCUAAAACAUGGCUAUCUUUAAUUUAAAACAUGCUCACCACUCGAUCAGACUGUUUACAUCAUUGUCUAUUCCACCAUUAACUCCUAUAUUCAUACAUCCCACUUUCUUGAGCCUGACUGGCGCCUUGGCAGGAGCCGCCCCCUCACAACUUGGCAGCAAGCUUUCAAGUCUGCUUGGAAUGAACUUGAAAAGAGGCCCAUCAGUGGCCGCAACUAUAAUACCGACAUCAAUGACUGGACCUGCCACUGCAGUGCACAAGCCACCAACACAUUUCACCUUUGCAAACACCUCAUACAUUCUGCUGGGAAACCUCCUAUGGAAUUUUGGGAGGAUAUCCACCGGCGUCAUGUUAUGCCCCUGUAUCGGCAUACUCACCUCCGGAACCGUGACCAAGCUGCCAAACAAGGCAGCAUAUCUGACGGUGAUGACCAGGACCGAGAAGGGGUCCGACUUAGUCUAGCUAGCCUCAAACCUCAUGAAAUCAAGUGCACUCACUCAUCCUUAGCAGAUCUGACUCAAGAUUUGGAUCACUCAGCUAAAAAGGUAAAAUAUGACACUUCAAUCGCUCAUGCUGACAUCUUGAUUCAGGUGCGCAUGGAUGUCAACGCCAAUCUCACCCCUGCUGGCAAUGACGAGGUUGUGAAUCUCCAUGGCAGCGAUUUAUCAGAUGAGGAUGAGAUUGCCGAGCUGCGAGCUCGUUUCAAUGAAUUGGGAGACUAUCUCAUUGAGGCCGGAGAAACUAUCCUCCAACAAGUUGAGAAGGAUGAGGGUGUUUGGAUGCGGGGUAUGGCGGGUCAUGAUCUGACUCGAAAAGCAGGGCCGAUUGUCGAG